AUGGAGCCAACGGCAGCGCCGGUAGAGCCGGCAGCGGAAGCUCCGGCGGCGCCGGCAGAGGCCCAGGAGGAGGGGCUGAGUCUGCACGUGCAAUGCCGGGAUUUCGGGAAGAUGGCAUGUCCAAAAGUUGAGCGGUGGUUAGCCGAGAGCAGCGGCGUGCCACUUCAAAAGGUAUUCAAGCUGCCGAACUGGAACUAUGCUUUCGUGACUAUCCUCCCAGAGCACGAGAAGAAGUUCCGUGAGGCCGUGGAUGGCUUGCUCCUGUUCAAGUGCUGCGUCUCGGUCAACGAGGGAGCUCCACGGAAGAGCCAGCCGAAGAGCGAUGAGGAGCGCCCCGCCAAGCGGCAGAAGGUCAAAGAGGUCAAAGACUUCCGGCCUGGGUUUGUUCCGACCCUGAAAGACCUGACGGCGAAGCUGAAAAACAAAGAUCCUGGCGACGUGCUCCGGAAGAGUGCUCCACUCAUAGACUGGAGCUACGAGACGCAGCUCAGCAUGAAAGGCACUCACAUCAAGACGGCUGUGCGGUCCUUCACGAAGCAGGUGGACAAGAAAUGCAAGGACCUCAGCCUCACGGCCCCGCCUUGGACCAGCUUCGAGUGGUCGAAGGCCUGUUCGGCACCGAUUGGCUGCGCCUGUCCGUUGGACCCUCCCAUCGGCACUCCUGCAGAAAGUCUGGAGGGUUACAGGAACAAGUGCGAGUUCAGCAUCGGCAAGAGUGAGGAGGGCGACAUCGAGUGCGGCUUCGUGCGUCGGAUCACGGAUGACGGCUACGGGCGCAUCGUAGCCAGCUGUGAGGAAGUGUACACCAAGGGCCUCGACGAGUGCGAUGAGAACUUCCCACCGGAUCAGAGGGGGCUCCUUCUGGCGAACCGGAGCCAGUGCUGGCUCAAGCUGAGUGACUUCCAGAAGGGGCUGGACGAUGCCAACGCGUGCCUGGAGUUGCUGCCGGAGCAUGUGAAGUCCCUCUUCCGCCGCGCCACUGCCCUGGAGCAGCUCGGGCGCGAGACGGAGGCGCUGUCGGACUUCGCGCGCGUGGCGCGCGCGGAUCCCGGGUGCGCCUCGCCGGGUGUGGGCAUGACGUUGGGGCAGGGCGAGGGCUUGUCAGCCGGAUCUCACCGGGCUUUGGAGCUUCACCCGAGCCUAGGUGUGCGGUGCAUCUGUUUUGUCAGCAUGUUCGACUUCGAGGACAUCGAAGCCGACGUCGAGCGCAAAGGUGCUGAGGCCUGGCAGGAGGCCGCGGAGGGCACCGGCGCGGCCGGUCCCAGCGGCCCGAGCGGCCCGGCCUUCGCGCACCGCCGGCCCGGCGCCGCCAUCGAGGUGGGGAAGAAGGUGAUCAUCCGCGGCGCGCCGGGCGCACCGGAGUUGGACGAGAAGAUCGGGGAGAUCAUGGGUUUUGAGGAAGGCAAGUACUCAGUGAAGGUCAUGAACUUGACGGGCGGUUAUGUGCCCGGGAGGGCCUUAAACGAGGGCUCUCACAUGAGGCUCCUGGCCCCAGAAAGCCUGGAGCUGCACCCGGAUCAAGUGGAAAAGGAUCGCCAGGCGGCCGAGGACGGGGCGAUCGUUUUGCUGGGCGGCAGCGAGGCGGAACGGGCGGCGCGCGAGGCGCUCUACUCUCUCUCCAUCGACCCAAAGCACUGCUACGACAAGGCCGUGGAGCGCAUCCUGGCCGCAAGGCACGAGUUCGAAGUCUUGAACUUGGAGGCGAAGUGGUAUGGGAGUGACCUGAGCCUUAUCAAGAGGGCUUACCGAAGGAUCAGCGUGGGCAUCCACCCGGACAAGAACAGCCACCCGCAGGCCGUCGACUGCUUCAGGAAGGUUUAUGGAGCCUUCGAGACUCUGAUGGACAAGAAACAGCAGUGGCGCUUGCUCUUCAUCCUGAAUCGGCUCAAGGAUGACGAGGUAAGUUUGUACGAGCUGGAGGCGGAGGAGGAGGAGCGCUUCGAGUGGUGGCUCGAAGCCAACGUUCCGGAGAUUGAGAAGCAGGCCGCGGAGAUCGAAGGAGGGGAGUUUGAGGAAAUUGGCGAGAAGUGGAUCUCUGAUGGCACGGGUGGCAAUGUGAACGAUGUAAAGUGGGCGGGCAUGGCCGAGAGUCUAAGGCUCCAUGCCGAGGACAAGGCUCUCUUCAUCGACUGUCGAGAGCGAUUUGAGUUCGAGAUCGAGCACAUUGACGGGGCCUUUAACAUCCCCAUGCGAGAGUUCGUGGACUUUGGUCUCGCCGGCGUCGCCGGGCCCUGGGUGAAGGAGGUCUUGAAACGGAAAGACCAGCCGGUGAUCAUCUACAGCGAGGUGGCGACGCCCUUUUCGCGCUGCCGGGCCAUGUGCCGAUGGCUGCUGCGUGCUGGCUCCAAGUCCUUGCCCGCCGAGCGCCUGCGAAGGCUGCGGGGUGGCAUGUUUGGCUGGCGGCACAAGAAGGGGAAGAUCCUCCUUGCGAUCAAGGACAUCACCUUGGAGCAGAAAGCUGCCUUGUACAGGGAGAGCGCCAAGCAGAUCGGAGCCCUGAAGCCGGGCCUCGGCGCCGUGAACCUCCGGGUGCGCGUGCGCUGCUUCGAGGAGCGGCCUGAAGGCCCUGAGGGCCCUGAGGGCCCUUGCGCCAUGCUGCACGACUCCUCCGGGGGGAUCCUGACGCUUCUGACGACGAAGGAGCAGAUCGCUCUCUGCCGCGAGGCGGCCAAGCAACAAGCCUCACUGCUGGUGCGCGGGGCCACCUGUGAGCUGAGCUCCGAGAAGCACUUGCUGGCAAGGCUGGGCCCCGAGGCGACGCUGGAAAGGAGCGACCGCGACUUCACCUUCGGCUUCGACGCCAAGAACGUCUCCGAGGAAGUGCGUGCCCCGGAGCCGGAGGAGGAGGAGGAGGAACCGCCCGGCCGUGGAGUCGGCCCAGCGCCUCCGGGCGGCGAUCUCCCGGCGGAGCGACCGGCGCCGGGGGCCAAAGGCGAAGGGCAGAGCAUAGCGGAGAGCAGCGAGACGCCUGCGACAAAGUUCGAGCGGCGGUACUGCGCGGAGAGGCUCCGGCAUUUCGCCAAGUCCUUUAGCAUGGGCAACCGCGGAGAAGCGGCAGGCAUCCUCUCUGCUGCUUUGCUGUCUUUGGGAGAUGCAGAGCAAACAUUGCCGGAGAUCCGCCAGGCGUGCCUUCGAAGUCUUUGCCUCGUUGCCUCGGGCAGGGAUCGCGACGACUUGGAGGCAGCAGACGCACGGAUGCAGAUGCGGGGCAAGCUGGACACGCCCAGUCCAGCAGCAGCUGAUGCGAGGUCCCGGCUCCGUGCGGCGCUGAGCGAGGAGGGCUACGGCCUGCUUCGGCGCUUGGGGAAGCGUUGCCGGGGCCAUGGAGGAUGCCUCAGUCAGCUCGCGCUACUUUUGAGCUACUGUCAGGAGCCCGAGGACGAGGCCGCCCUGGAGCUCCUGGCGGAGGCCUUGGACGUCGACGAGGCGGAGGUCUCCAAGGCCGCGUUGGUGUCGCUGAACGCCAUCUUCGAUGCUCGUCGCCAGCAGGGCUCUUCAGGUAAGGCCGUGGUCUUCAACCCGGGCCUGCGACGCUGUCUCGAG